GGAGGGAGGGAGAGGGGGUCCUGGUGGGAGUGUAAGGCAUCAGAUGAACCCCGGCUCAGUCUGUCCGCACGUUGAGAGCGGUUAGAGGAGCCGCGUCGCUGCAGCCCGGCACCAGCAGCCCGUCCACACGCAUGUGGCUCCCCUCGCUGGACAUCGGGCAGCCUCACCAUGGCAACGGAGCUCUGAGACCCCGCUGCACCGCGCAGUAGUGCUCCGCACUCCGCUCCUACAGCAGCGCUUUGCAGCGAGAGAGAGCGGGAGAGAGCGGGAGCGAGAGGCAGAGAGCGGCAGAGACGGAGUGAGAGGCGGAGCCCUCGCAGAACGAGGCGGCGGAGCGUGGAGGCAGAGCGAGCGUGUGCGGUGGCGCGGCGUGUGUAGGUAGGAGGCUCUCGGUGCGCGCCACAGCGAUGCCUGCUGGGCUCCUGGCUCCGUGCUCAGCUCGCCAGGCUUCCCCACGCAGCGGCGGACCCCCAGAAGCGGCGGCGGCGGCGGCGUGGGGAUGUGGUGCCUCUGGUCUCUGUGCGUCGCGCUCCCGUGACCUCCUCCGCGCGUCUCCUCUCGCGUCGCUGACCCCGCCGGCCCCGCUGCCGUCCGCCCCCGGCCGCCACAGCGACUGACUGACUGGGGUUAGGGUGACGAACCAACGGAAUCCCCCCGCCCCUCCCCCCUCUGACUCCUCGACCCCUCCCCCUCUCGCCCUCCCUCUCCGUGUCUUUCUCCGGUGUCCUGAGUUUGUUUUUCCAUCACCUCCUCUGCUGAAGCUCUGACUCCUCUCUCUGGCCAGCUGUCCUCUCCCGCCGUUAAAACCUCCCAGCUGGUCUCUCUCUCCUCCGGGCUGGCGCUCGCUUCAUGACCCGCCAGGAACCGGCGCCGCCUGCCUGCGUCCGCUCGCCGCCCGCGGCCUGAGCGCCGUCCGUCGUCUCCUUCCGUCGGCAUGACGCUCCUCUGUGAGGACUGAUGCCUCUCCUCCUUCCCCUCUCGCUCCCCCCCUCCCCUCCCCUCUCCUAGACCCCUGCCCUUUGACCCUCGUCCUCCUUUAUUCAUCUGGGCUCACGCCCUCCCUCGCUCCCCUCCCUCCCUCCCUCCCUCCCUCCCCCGCUCUCCUCCCCCUCCCUCCCCCAGAGCGCUCCUUACCCCAGCCUCUGCCUCUCCCUCCUCAGUCCGCCCUAUGACCAUGUCGCCAUGUGUCUGCUGGCUCCAGCUCACCCUGGCCCUCCUCCUGACCCUCGCGCCGCCCAGCCGGGGGGAGAACUGCCCUGCCACCUGCCUGUGCCCGGACCCCCACACGGUGGACUGCAGCGCCCGGGGUCUCACCCGCCUCCCCGAAGGCAUCCCGCUGGACGUGCGGCGGCUGCUGCUGUCCGACAACUGGAUCCCGCGCAUCCCCGCGGACUUCCUGGUGCUGUACUCCGACCUGGUGUACCUGGACAUGCGGAACAACACGCUGUCGCACAUCGAGGUGGGCACCCUGAGCACCUCGUCCCGCCUGGUGUUCCUCGACCUGGGCAGCAACAACCUGACGGAGAUCCCCAAGGGCACCUUCGGCGAGUCCCGCUCCCUGAUCAAGCUGCGCCUGGGGAACAACCCCUACCUGAGCGCGGUCAACGAGGACGCCUUCCUGGGCCUGACGUCCCUCCGGGAGCUGGAGCUGGAGCGCAACGCCCUGUCCACGCUGCACGUGGGCGCGCUGAGCCAGCUGCCCUCGCUGCGGCUGGUCCGGCUGGAGGGGAACCCAUGGGUGUGCAACUGUAACUUUGCCAACCUGUUCGCCUGGCUGAUGGACAACCGCCAGAAGCUGCCCAAUGGUGUGGAAGGCAUGGAGUGCUCCCUCCCCAUGGAUGGCCGGCGCGUCUCCCUGACGCAGCUCUCCAACGACAGCUUCAGGGAGUGCCAGGUCACCCUCACCCUGACCGACCUCCUCAUCAUCAUCUUCUCGGGGAUCUCCGUGUCAGUGGUGGCCAUAAUGACCAGCUUCUUCCUGGCCUCCACGGUGCACUGCUUCCAGCGCUGGAGCAAGGGAAGCAAGGGGGACGAGGAGGAGAGCGAGGAGUAAGACCAGGAGACUCUCUCUGAGCUCUGACCCGGCCAGGACUGGCUUUGAGAGGGUGACUCAGACAGGGGGCUGGGAUACAGCCACUGUCCCCCCCCCCCUUGUGGAGGUUGGGGCGGUUGGGGAGGUUGGGGCGCUUUGAAAACAUAGAAAAACUGACCACAACGAAAAGACAAAUGGCAUUCCCAAGAAACGUGUGCAAGUCCCGAGACUUGAGUUCAAACGUGACACAUGCACACAGUAAUGGAGUUCAUAAUAUGGUCUGCCAGAACCCAUAGGCCGGCCUACAGACUAGCUCUUGGACAGAAGCAGCAGUAUACACGAUGAGCAUGUUUGUGAGUACAGAAAGCACCAACUAUAAAACCAAGCUACAGUGAUGUGGAGGAGUUCUAGACGAGCCAAUAGUUCACCAACAUCGAGUCAAAAUAAUCAUCCACUCUCAGAUUCUGAAAUGUUCAAAGUGGAUCUCACUCAAGUGCGACUGUCGAAUGACCGGAGUUGCUCAGGUCCUUGGAUGUCUUUAGGGCUUCACAAAAAUAGAAUUAAGUAAUCUUGUAUAUGACAGAAAGUUUGAUAUUCUAAAAAAAAAAGGAUGUGAUAUUAACCAACGUCCACAGCAUUAGACUGCCUAAACAUGUUGAUCCGGCACAGCAGAUCGUUUUCAAUGUCUGGACAGCCUCAUUCAAUCGCAUUCAGAAAUGGAAAACCACUUGCUUGAACUGGUUUAGACCGUUGAGAGUUAGGGAAAAUAAUAACCAUGAAAUGAGUAGUAACAUUUUGUGUGUCUGGUAUUCAGAUAGGGUAUUCACAUUAAAAGUAUAUUUGUCCUAUAUUCAAACAUUUGUACACCAAAUAAAACAAUGUAGACACCAAAUGAAACCUAUAAGAUAUACACAUCUAAAACUUCCAGAGGACAUGUGUUCCUUAGAUUGAUAACUGUGAUCGGUGUUAAACUAUAUUCAUUCACCAUCUAUUCUUGUGAUUAAUAUAGAAAACCUAGUAUUGGCAUGAAGUCCAUGCAGAACCAAUGUGGCAAACAAUGCACUUUAUGUGUUGAAAGUGGAACUUGGUCACAGCACGCCCCUAAUUACUGUGUGGCCAAAGGCAAAGUCUGAAGGAGAGUUAUUGUGUUCAUGAGGAAGCAUGUUGUACAUCAUACUGGAGACGAGCAAAAUCACAUGUUUGUGAUUGGGCUGAGAAGAGUUAUGUUCUCCCAAUAUCUGAUAUUGUAGCUGACAUUACCAAUACAGAUGUUUUAUUAGAGCUCAGAUAUGGCGUUUAUUUUGAUUAUCUUUUUGUUUUCUUCCAGAACAGAUAUCUUAUAAACAAAAUUUAGAAAUAAACAAAAAACAACAUAAAAA